CAUGGCCAGCGGAAGUUAGGGAAUGAAAAAGAGAAGGACAUCACUAGUUGCCAAGUCCCUCUGCCACCAUUUCUCCCCUCCUCUCAUAAACAGAUGAAUCUCUUCUGUUUUCCAUCGGACCCUUCAAGUUUCCCUCCUCUGUAAACAAAAGAAAAGGACUUGAAAGCUUAUCUAUAAAAAAUUGCUAUACAAUAAUGGAUGAUUGCUGUGAACUUGAAGCCUCUUUCCAAGAAAAGAUCUUUGCCCUUUUUCAUGUGGAUGAUGAUGAAUCCAUAAUGUGUCAUCUCUUUGCAUAAAUAUAAAGUGAAGGAUUUCAAGAUUUGCAUCUUCUCAGCCCUUGUAAACCAGACAAGAAUAUCACCAAAAUCCACUAAAACCACUGAUUCUUUGAACAUCUCUUGAAUCUAUAGCAUAUGCACUUUCCUCUUUUGUUCAAUAAUUUUCAAGAGAUAUAAAGGAGCGCUCUCUUUUUGUAGUCUUUGAUAAAGCUUCUAAAAAGCUAAAGAUUCAAAGCCCCAUCAUUUCUUUAACCCGUCUCCUUUUCCCAAUCAAAAUCUCUCAACUUUCUUUCACACACAAAUCUUUCCACACUCAUUACCUGCUUAACACCAUCAUUAACAACUAGAGCCAAGAAAAAAGUUAAGCCCACUUCUUGAUUUCACUAAAGAUGCAAACUUUACUCACAAUAUUCCUCUUUACUUCUUUAUUCACUCCCUCUCUUUCAAGCUUCCUAUCCGAGCCAGUCUCUGGCCAAAACCAGCCUCUAAAACCAGGAGACUAUUCAAACCCCAACACGGUCCCCGCAUUUCCAGUCCAAACUGAGUCUCAAAUUUGCCACUUAGACCUUUCAGCUGAGCUUUUUGGUGGUGUAAAUGAUGCAUGUGGUAGAGACCUUGACCGUAGCCGGUGCUGUCCAGUUCUUGCAGCUUGGCUCUUUGCAGCUCAUGCAAGGUCAGCCCUCCAAGUCCAAGCUCCAGCCCCAACAUCAGAACCUGAUUUGCCAAUGAUGCCUGAUGAUUCACAAAAAUGUGUGAAUUCAUUACAAAGUGCACUUUUGAGUAAAAAUGUGAAGUUGGCACAACCUAAUGCUAGCUGUGAUGCUAUAUUGUGUUUUUGUGGGAUUAGGCUUCAUCAGAUUAGUUCACUUAGUUGUCCUGCUGCUUUUAAUGUGAGUUCUGCGUUUCAUAAUGCAACUCCUACUGCUGCUGUAAAGAAUUUGGAGAAGAAUUGUAAGAAUUCCACUUAUUCAGGGUGUACAAAGUGCCUUGGUGCUCUCCAAAAGUUGAAGGCCAAGAAUGAAACACAAGACAAGAGCACAAGGGAUGAGAGGGCAAGCAAAAUGUUCGAAAGGGAUUGCCAACUAAUGGGUCUAACAUGGCUACUUGCAAGAAACAAAACUGAGUACAUCCCCACAGUUUCUGCUGUUUUAAGAGCCAUAAUGUAUAGCACACACCCACCAGUCCAUGAAUCCAAGUGUAGCCCUGAUCAAGAAAACAUGCCAUUGGCUGUUGAUUCGCUACAGUUCGGGAAGGCCCAGUCAUCAUCUUCUUCAAGACUAACAUCAUCGUCAUCAUUAUGGUCUGGUCUUCGUUUCCAUGUUUUGCCCCUCAUGAUUUUAGUUUCUUUGUUUGGAUAAUGGCUGGUUGGCCUAUGCUAGUGUACCUUUUGCCUUGCCCAUGUAAUUUUUUUCAUGGUACCUUUUGUUUUAGGGCGAUCACGUGAAGCUAGUAGUCAAACUAGGAGGCCAACUGGGGUUUAUUUAUUUUUGUCUUAUUUUUUUGUCUUAUUUCACUCUGUAAAUUUUAGCUCUUGCCCGAGGAGGAAACCAUUCACUAUUCA